UCUGACUUUUAAAUGUGUAGGUUGGUUGGGAUGAAUCGACUGCUGGUGAGAGACAGCCAAGAGUUUCUUUGUGGGAGAUUGAGCCAUUAACCACAUUUCCUAUGUAUUCAUCAUUGUUCCCGCUAAGGCUUAAACAACCUUGGCAUCCUGGAAUUUCUUCUUUACAUGAUAGUAAAGAUGAUGCGGCGAAUGGCCUCACGUGGCUGAGAGGGGAUAAUGGAGAACGAGGUCUUCAAUCCAUGAAUUUCCAGGGAUUUGGUGUGGGCUCCUGGAUGCAGCGGAGGCUUGAUCUGCCAUUGCUGGGAAAUGAACAUGAUCAACAAUACCAAGCCCUCGCAGCAGCAUCCUUACAGGAAAUAAGAAGUGGUGAUCCUUUGAAACAGCAAUAUAUGCAAUUUCAGCAGCCUUUGCCUUUCCAAUACCAGCAACAGUCAUGCGGGCCUAAUCAACUGUUGCAGCAGCAAAUGAUACAACAAUCACUUUCUCAGCAGAUUGUGCAUGAACAAGCCCAAAAUUCAUCUGAUCACCAGCCUCGACACCUUGUACAGCCACAACUGCUACAGAAAAUAAAUGGUCAGCAGAAGCAACAGCCACAACAGCAGCAACAAACAUAUCAAGAAGCUUUUCAGAUUUCAAAUGAUCAUCUCCAGCAGCAGCAAGCAACUUUAUCUGCUCCUUUAUGCCAAAAACCAGAUUUUACAGAUUCAAACAUAACCUUCUCAGCUGCAAUAAACCCUUCAUGUAUGCAGAGCAUGUUGGGUUCACUUUGUCCUGAAGGGAGUGGCAAUCUCAUGAAUUUCCCAAGAAUUGGUCAGUCCAUGCUGAGGGAGCAGCAACAACAGCAGUCCUGGGUACCAAAGUUUGCGUUUUCACAAGCCAACACUUUUGGUAACUCUCUUUCUGUCCCACAAUUUACUGGCAAAGGUGGCUCUGUGGAGGCUGACGGUUGUAGUGCAGAUGCUCAGACCCAUACUCUAUUUGGUGUUAAUAUUGAUUCAUCAGGACUCCUGCUUCCCACUUCAGUGCCCAAUCUAGGUACUUCUUCAAUUGAUGCUGAUGUGUCCUCCAUUCCUUUUGGAGCUUCUGGCCUUCAUAGUCCUUUGUAUGGUUGCAUGGACGAUUCUUCUGAUUUGCUGCAUACUGUGGGGCAAGUUGAUCCACAAACCAAAACAUUUGUGAAGGUCUACAAAUCAGGAUCAGUUGGGAGGUCACUGGACAUCACCCGCUUCAACAGCUACCAUGAGCUGAUAGAGGAGCUUGGUCAGAUGUUCAGUAUUGAAGGGCCACUGGAUGACCCUUUAAGAUCAGGCUGGCAGCUUGUAUUCGUUGACAGGGAGAAUGAUAUCCUUCUCCUUGGAGACGACCCUUGGGAGGCAUUUGUAAAUAAUGUGUGGUAUAUUAAGAUUCUUUCUCCUGAGGAUGUGAAGAAACUAGGGAAGCAAGGGGCUGAGGCCAUAAGCCCAAAUGGUGGUCAAAUGCUAAGUAAUGGUGGGUGUGAUGGUCGAAAUCUAGCAUCUGGGAUGCCUCCUGGUAGCUCUUGUGGCUACUGAAAAUGAGAUGAUAUGAUUUUCCAGAAGAACAAGAUAGCAUUGCCUCAAUGGAGCAGGAAUAAUAGUUGUACCAAGGGGAAGUUUGAGAUUACAAACUCAUAGAACACGGUUGUGUAGAACACGCUUGUUCUGAUUUCCUAUGUAAUAUAAAGCUGCAUACAUAUGCAGGGGCUUACAUAAACCUAAAGUGCCUUAAUUCCAUAACAAUUUGUUUGUAUUGCAUUAGUUCAUCAGUCGGAAAACUUUGAACCACUCAUUUAGUAUUGCAUUUAGUAGCUUUUGUAUGUUUAUAUCUGCGGAAUUUCAUUUCUAGAUAUCAUAGAUGGAACACCAUGCACUACAAUGCAAGGGUCUUUUUAUUCAA